CCACAAACAUACCAGACGCGCACUAAUUAGAUUGAAUGGAGCGUAACAUUCACGCGCUCCCACUCAAACGGUUACGCUUCGCUUCGAGUAAACCACCCCUUAAUGGCAGACUCUUCCACUUCUCAAAGCAAUUCAAAGAAAACGCAACCCUUCCAUUUUCGAGCAAAAUUCGAAAAUCAAGAUAUACAACUCGUCGCUAACCUUCGAAACUUCCAUCAACACACCAUCAAACUCUCGAUCAAGAAUCUCCAGAGAAAACAAAGCUAUAAUACUCAAGAGAAAAUGGCAGCGAGAAACCAACCUGGAAGAAAUCAAACAAAAGACCUUAAGUGUGCCACUCAUCUCCUAAGUGAUAAAUUCAGAAACAUGAGUGAGGAGAAGAAGGCGAUUGUGAGGGAUCUGGGAUUCGGUGGCUUGAUGCACAUCCCACCACUAAGGGUGCAUCACCAACUGUUAAGGGAGCUGGCUAACAACUUCAAAUUGGAGGAGAAUAGACUGGAAACCGGAUACGGUUCUUUUAAAAUUACCCCAAGAAAAAUAGGUCAUGCGCUUGGCAUCAACGCAACAGGAGAUCUGUUUCCUCAGAAAGUGGAUUAUAAGAAACUUUCUGAGGAUGACAAACAUAACGGAGCGAAACUGAAGAGGGCAUGUUUUGACCUUUAUCGUCAAGGUGAGAGAUAUGAAAUAUCAAGUGAAGAUCUAGAUGAAAUCUUAAGGGAAAACGUUGAAAAUUCUGGUGGACAAAGGGAGAAGGAACCUGACAUGCGAUCGACAGAAGGUCGCUAUGUCUCUUCUGAAACAAUACCGGACGUGAACUUGGGAAGUGAUGAUCCUUCCUCUCAAAGACACACAGAACAAAGUAGUGUAAACAAGCCUGCAGAGAGCACGUUGAGUUUGGUUCAAGAGUCAGCGAGUGAGCCGGCUGAUUCGAAUAUAAUGGUUGUGAGGGAAGAAACACCGUUGGACGCACUUGCAAUGUGA